AUGUUACGCUCUCCAACUAGAAGUGACCGGGACAAGAGUCUAACGGGUUCGCAUCCUAACUUGACUAGUGGAUCCGAUUUAAAUCAAGACUCCUCCACUUCCCAUAGAGUAGCGACGCGUAAUAAGAGGAAAUAUCCUAAUGAUGAUACAAGUGUAAAAGAUGAACUUUUCGACAUUAAGAAGCAACUAUCAGCUAUGAUGGAAAUGUUAUCAGUACAAAACGUAAAUCAAAAAGAAUUUAUGGAUAAAGUAUCAGGAGAUAUUAAUGAUAUUAAAAACGAAAUAACGCUAAUAAAAGGUAUAAGUCAAACAUUAACUGAAAAAUGUCACUUGCUUAGCUCUGAGAUGACCUCCCUUAAAACAAAAACCUCUGAGAACGAGGCGAAAAUUGAAAGCUUAGAGGUAAAUAUUGGGAAGCUGAGUACUCCGACAAACUUGCCACUUGAAUCUAUACUAGGUGAGUUGAAUGAAAGACAAGAAAGAAGUAGAAAUGUAAUAAUCUGUGGUAUAUCUGAUGCGCAAUAUGAAAAUAAGGAAGAAAAAAUAGCAGCAGACACAAAGGAAAUACUACGUAUAACAAAAAAAAUAAUUCCGCAAUGCCCAGAACCUAACUAUAUUAUGAGGCUUGGAAAAUUUAACCCUGAAAAAAGGCGCCCAGUUAAAGUGUCGUAUGACUCUAAAGAUCUUGUAAAGGAAUUGCUGCGCAAUAAAAACGCUGUCUCUUCAGAACAAAUAAAAUUAUUUUCUGACAAAACACCUAAGCAAAAGGAGCAAAUAAAAGAAUUAAAAAUAGAAUUAGAACGUCGUAUUAAUAAUGGAGAGAAAGACCUUAUUAUAAAGUAUGUUAAGGAUGUCCCAAGAAUAAUUCAUGCAAAAAACUAUCUACACUAG